GCUGUGUCUCAUAGAAGGAAAUCCUGUCCUUAGAGCGAAAACGGUAGCUUUUCAGGUAGCUUUUCACUCCUUCCAGAUGUUGGAUUUGAACUAUAAUCAAUUAAAACAAGGCGUUACAAUGUGAAGGACGUGAAAACAGAACCCAGACGCUUAUGAGAAACGCGUAAGGUUUGUGAUCUCUGCAUCCUCCCCGGACGUUUCAAUCUCGUCGUCGCUGUUUUUUUAUGUUUUAAGGUGACGUGGAGCGCCUUGCAAACAGAAAUCGCUUUGGAUUUCGGGAGUGCUCGGUUUAUCUCGGAUGCCACUGAUGGAUACGGUCUUGGUGCUUUGCCGUGGCGAUGUUCAGAAGUGAAGCCGUGCUCUGAGCUCCAUUAACGGGCGGAAGGAGUCGGUGCGGGGCCUGGAGGUUGGAUUGGGGUCUAGAGCAAGACACAACCGUCAAACAAACGGACUGGCAGAAUGAGGUGUGGAGCAGGCCUCGGGCACCUCUGGAGGACCAUGGAGCUACUCUGCGUUCUGCUCCUUUGCUGUUUCUCAGGCUGGGCAGUGGGCUACAAACAAGGGGACAAUGUGACUCUCUAUGUCAACAAAGUGGGGCCUUAUCAUAACCCCCAGGAGACAUAUCAUUACUACACUCUGCCCGUGUGCAGGCCGGAAAAGGUGCAUCACAAAUCGCUGAGUCUGGGAGAGGUGUUGGAUGGAGACAGGAUGGCAGAGUCUCUGUAUCAUAUCCAGUUCAGGGAAAAUGUGGAGAAAAAAAUGCUUUGUCAACUCACUCUCUCAGAGCAACAGGUGGACCAGCUGCGUGAAGCCAUUGAAGAGCUGUACUACUUUGAGUUUGUUCUGGACGAUAUUCCCAUCUGGGGGUUUGUGGGAUACCUGGAGGAGAGCGGCUUCCUGCCUCACAGCCACAAGGUGGUUUUGUGGACUCAUCUUGAUUUCAACAUCGAGUACAACGGUGACUCUAUCAUCUUCGCCAACGUCUCGGUCAAAGACGUCAAACCCGUCCCCCUAGAGGAAGGCGCCGGCACUGGAGUCGGAGGGGUGGGGUUGGGUGGAGGAGGCCUGACCGUCACUCAUACCUACAGCGUGCAUUGGUUCGAGUCCCCUCUGCCUCACUCGCGCCGCGGGGAGCGUUUCAGGGACUACUCCUUCUUCCCCAAAACCUUAGAGAUCCACUGGCUGUCAAUCAUUAACUCUCUGGUGCUGGUCGUGCUGCUGCUUGGAUUUGUGAUCAUCAUCCUCAUGAGAGUCCUCAAGAAUGACUUUGCCAGAUAUAAUGUUGAAGAGGAGGGAAGCUGCGAUGAUUUGGACCAGGGAGACAACGGCUGGAAGAUCAUUCACACCGACGUGUUCAGGUUUCCUCCGUACAAAAGCCUCCUGUGUGCCAUACUGGGCGUGGGGGCGCAGUUCCUCACCCUCGCCACUGGAAUCAUUUUGAUGGCCUUACUGGGGAUGUUUAACGUUCAUCGCCAUGGCGCCAUAAACUCUGCGGCCAUCGCCUUGUACGCUCUCACCAGCUGUGUGUCGGGAUACGUCUCCUGCAGCUUCUACACUCAGAUCAACGGACAGCGAUGGGUUUGGAACAUCAUCCUCACGUCGUCGCUCUUCUCCGCCCCUCUGUUCCUGACCUGGAGUGUGGUUAACUCUGUUCACUGGUGGUCCGGCUCCACCCAGGCGCUCCCGGCCACCACAGUGCUGCUGCUGCUCGGGGCCUGGGUGCUGGUGGGCUUUCCCCUCACUGUGAUCGGAGGAAUCGUGGGAAAGAACCGAGCGGGAAACUUUCAGGCCCCUUGUCGAACUCGCAACAUCCCCCGACAGAUCCCCACACAGCCCUGGUACAAACACGGCGCAGUGCACAUGGCCAUCGGAGGAUUUCUGCCUUUCAGUGCCAUCUCUGUGGAGCUGUAUUACAUCUUCGCCACAGUCUGGGGCAGAGAGCACUACACACUUUAUGGCAUCCUGCUCUGCGUCUUCGCCAUCCUAAUCUCCGUUGGCGCCUGCAUUUCCGUGGCACUCACCUACUUCCUGUUAUCCGGCGAGGACUACCGCUGGUGGUGGCGAAGCGUCCUCAACACGGGAUCUACUGGCAUUUUUAUUUUUGUUUACUCUGUUUUUUACUACAGAAAUCGCUCGUCUAUGAGCGGCCCAGUUCAAAGUACAGAGUUUUUUGGUUACUCGCUACUUACGGCAAUGGUUUUCUCGCUGAUGCUCGGUAGUGUCUCAUUUUGGGCGUCGUUGGCCUUUAUCAGAUACAUUUAUCGUAGCCUCAAAAUGGACUGAAAUGUGCGAUUAUGUUCACGUUUUAUCGCACAUGGACAAUCCGCGUUCGGCUCGUUCAGUCAGACGGCCAACUGCACACUUAAAAAUACAGUACUGCAGAUUUGGGGCCUUUUGUUGUAAAGGGACAGCUUGAUCUAUGAAUAGGUACAAAUUUAUAUUAGUAAGCAUUAAAUUGUUAUUGUAAAAAGAAAGGGAACACACAUGUAAUUUAAUUUAUUGUUGAAUAGGACCCAUACAACGAUCUCUGAAUGUAGUUUAGGUUGCUUUAAUAUCUCCAAGCUCUGCGAUGUUUACCCAGUGAGAAUAAAAUGUUCUGCAGUUUUAGUGCAGCUUUAAUGAAGUUUAAAGGUCCUGUAUUAUGUAAAACUGACUUGUGUGAAGUUUAAGUCAUGUUAGAGUGCGCUUACCUUAUCAAAAACAUGCCUAGAGUUGUGUUGUGUUUCAUUCCCACAUGUAGACAGACAAUUAAAACAUCUCAAAAGCUCAAAAUGCCCUGUUCCACCUUGUGAUGUCAUGGUAUUUUAAGUUAACUACCAGUGGAUUUUAGUGAAUCACUUCCUGUAUUACCAAAUGACAUCACAAGGUCUUUUCAGUUUGAGAGAAGGCCAAAUAUGCAGGAUUUGCGUGUUAAACAGGUGUGAAUGAAACAUAACACAAGUCCAGGCAUGAUUUUGAUGAGAAAAUAGCGUAAUACGGGCCCUUUAAUGUCCUAAUAGCAGCAAUUGGGUAUUCAUUUAUUCAGCUAGCCCCGUCAAGCUUCACAUGGCCCUACCAUGUUUAAGGAUGCCUUGUAGAUGGACAGAAGUUGCAAAAUGGUUAAGGAGCAAUAUUCUCUUUGUUUUCAUGGUCAGCUAAUAGGCCACAUUCAUUUUGUUUUUGUAAAUAGUCUUUUCAAUAAAAUGCUUUAAUACAA